GCUCUGGUGUGAAUCAGAGUCAAAUUCCAGCAGACGUCACAGAAACUCCUUCAGGACACGCCAAAUAACGGGACAAAGUGCGGCUGUGAUCCGGCUCUCGUCUGCUUUCUGACAACCCUGUGCUGUGGCUUCAUUUGUCCAGAGGAUAGCGGAAAUAAAACAAAGAACUUAGAAAUAUUGUCUCUGAAUUAAACAGAGGAGCACAAACGCACGCGAGCAUUCUUCGGGUUUCACUCUCACAGGAAACUCGCCCUUUACGUCGCAGAGUUGGAUUUUUUUGUGCAUCUGUUUUAUUCAAACGUCGAUUAGGAUUACAUAUCCGACAACCCAGCUAUCUGCGGAGUGUAAAGUGUAGCCUAAACAAAAUUCAUAUGUGUGAAGGAAAGUGAACGGCGUUCGGCGCACCGGAGAAUGACACGCGCUGAGUUUGGCGUUUAACUAACUAUAUUUUUAGUGGAUUUACUGGUUUCAAACAGUCAUGAUGUUUGCAGGAAUGAUCAGGGUGGAAAACAACUCAAAAACGCACAAAACUGACACCGACUCCACGUGUCACCGGUGCGCUGUGAGGACAGGUGCUGUGAGUCCGACGGCGGCAGCGGGAAGCUAUCGCGGGAGGAGCUUCAGACGCCCGGGAUACAUGUGCUCAGAGCCAUGUGGCUCGUCUACUAAUGAGAACAGUCAAAAGAGUGCUUCGAAAUUACCCAGCAGCCCCAGUGAGCGAUGGCUUAAGGAGGUUUUCAAGAGAGACGACGGCCGGGAUUCUUCCGAAACUCACCGUUUGCAUGACGCCAAGGAAAAUUCCCCAAUGCCGUCGCGCAACGUUUUCAAUUCCAGCUUCAGUUUCAUUCAGCAGUCACUAGAAACUAGUGAUCUAUUAGAUGUGAACACAAACACAUCCGCCAGCAUACAAUCUGAAGGGGACCGACUGAAGUCUGAAACGUCACACUCUGGUGCUUUAGAACCUCACACUGCUUUAGUAGUAAAUCACUUGAGCCAAUCAGAGAUCAGCACUGUUCCGAUUAGCCAAUCAGAACAUGAGGUUUUCUCAUUAAGCAAUUCACCUUGCUCCAUCGGUCAGCCAAAAAGUAUUUUAAUGGACCGAGAGCUGUGGCUAGCAGACCUGGAUGUACAGAUUUCGUCCUCCAUAACGUCUUAUGCGAAAGAAAGCAUCCAGGACUCUGACUCUGGCUCUCUGGACACUGAAGUCACGUCUUCGUUCUCGAUUGACUCGACAGACUCGACCUCGGCCUCCUCAGUUACGUCCGGCUACGACAGCACAACCCCGUCCUCAGAUCAGAGUCGAGACGGUCUGAUAAAGAAGUACGAGGAUGUUCUGCAAGACUGUCUGCAGAACAAUCGCACAAACACCAAGAUCGAGUCCAUAAUGAUGAAGCUUCAGAGACUACAGCACAAAGCGGUUCUGGAUGAUGAUUAUGACACAGCCGAGCGUUUUGGUAAGAAGCUAGAGGAACUGAGGAGAGAGCGAGCGAUGCUUAAGCCUGGUUUACCGUCCAGACAUCCGGAGGUCACUGGAUUUCUAGAGCGUCUCAGAGCAGCCGUUCACAGCGUCAUCCACAGGACAGACGCAAACUGCAGGCAAAAUGGUGAAUUGAGUGCCGAUCAGGGCUCAGGCAGCUCUCAGAGCCGGUUUCCAACACGAGAGAAACUGUUAGAGGAAAAACAAAGGAUUCAGAAGGAGAUGUGUGAUCUUCAGCGGAGGCUGCAGGAGCUGCGGGAGCAGAGCAGAGCUGUGGAGGAGCAUCUGGAGCCCGUCCUCAGAGCCUGUGAUCCGGCUCAGCUGCGGCUGAUGGCUCGAGCGCUGGAGGACAUGAUCAGCUCUGAACACCGGGCGCAGAUCAGUGUGUCUCCACCCGCAGAGAUCGUCAGACUUCAAGAGCAAGAGCGAGCACUGAGAUUAUCCACCAAAGAGGCAACGGCUAAAGUGGUGAUGAGUCAGAGACUGGGCUCUCGUCUGCGACGGAAGGUCAGCGAGGGUGAAACGCAGCUGCUGGCCCUUCAUGAGGCGAAGCUCGCGGCCAUCUCAGGAAAUGACUUCAGCAGUGCGAAGGAACUGAAGGCAGAAAUCAGGAGCGCGUACGGCGAGAGAGAUCGUCUGGAGGGGCUUGAGAGGAAGCUGAAGACUCUGCACAAAGGAAGUGGACGGGAUCUGAGCCGCAUGAAGGAGCAACACAACCAGAUCAAACUGGAGCUGCAGGAGAGAGAAGCCCAGUACGGUGAGUAACACGGCCUUAAUAAAGACUCAAGACCAGUUGGUUUCUGCUGACACAG